AUGUAUUACGCGGACACUAGUGCCUACAAUGUAGCUUCUCAGUCUUCAUUAGAGGACUUAAACAGUCGACUUGCUCAACCUAUUGAGAUGAAGAACUUUCGUCCCAACAUCGUAAUCUGUAGAGCACCUCCGUUUGCUGAGGAUGACUGGCUCUAUCUGAAGAUUGGGGAUGCUGUCUUCAGAAAAAUCAAGCCAUGUGAAAGGUGCCUGCUGACCACAGUAGACCCAAAGAGUUAUGAACGGGAUCCAAACCAGAACUCUCUCACUCUCCGCACGUACCGGCUCAUAAAGGAUCCACCUAAGUUGGCAAAGGUAUGGGCAACGAAGCCUGUCUUCGGUGCUAACAUGGCUAUCGACAUUGGAGGAUCAAUUUCGGUUGGAGACAAAGUUUUUGCUGCCACAGUGUCUAAGAACCCUAGCUUCUCCAUUUUCCAUGAUAUGGAUUAAAUAUAUAAUGUUUAGCAAUGUAAUUGUAAAUUGGUAUUGUGAGUAAUAAUAUAAAUAUAUUUAUGCUGUUGCACUUGAGGAAUUGUAAAAGGAAGAUGAAAGAGCAUAGUUCU